AUAAAAGCAAAAAAUAAAAUCAAUUCUUUUAAAUCGUGUGUUCCAUUGUCAAUUGUCAAAGCACCGUUAGAAAGUUAAAUCCAUUUCGUUUUUGUUAAAAAUUUGCGCUCCUCUAAGGAUUGGUAUUGGUGAAAAAACAAAAGGAUCUAGCAGUUGUGAAUUAAAAUAGAGUGAAACAAGAGCUUCCUUGUUGAGUACAAUCAAAAGGGAUAGAAGUUUCAAAAAAUCCAAUCCAGCAGCUUCAAACAAAAGCGACUGCUUGGAAGAUAGCUACGCCAAAGAUCAAAAGCUCGAGCAGAAAUCCAAAUUAAAACCAAAAAUUGUUUCUGUUGUGAAAGAUAUUGUUUUACAUUAUUAGUUUGUGAAUCCGCCAAACCAAAAAUCAACUAACGUAUUGUGAUUUAGAGCAACUUAUUUACUAGAACCGCACGUACAAAAUCAAGUAGCUAUGGCUGAUGAAUGGGACGAUGAUAUCGAUGCCGGUCAAAAUUUCGUCGCAAAAAAUUAUGCGCUACCGAAAGUCGAUGGAGAAGAUAAUGACUGGAACGAUGAUAAUCCAGGAAUAUCCAAUUUAGAUGAAGCACAAGAAAAGAGUAAUUUUGGUCAUGGAUCGAGAAGAGGACGUGGCGGGAAAAGUUUUGAUAGAGGAUAUCGUGGUGGAAGACAGAAUGGUUAUGGUGAGAGAAAUGGUUUUAAUCAUAGAAAAGGUGAUGGUGAUCGUAGCGAUGGUGAAUGGGGAAGUUCUGAAGGAGCAGAUAAUAGAAAUGGAAGAAAUUAUAGUAGAGGCAGGAAUAGAGAUCAAGGUGAGGAUGGAGAUGGUCGCAGGGAUAGAGAUAGAGGUGGUGCAGGAAGAGGACGCUUACAAGAUAGAGAUCGUAAUAAUGGCGGUGGCUUUAACGAAGAAAGAAACAAUUAUCGAGAUAAGAACAGUGAUAAUGCUGAAAAGAAGAAAGAUUUAUACAUACCACCCGAGCCAACCGAAGAUGAGAGUGAGAUUUUUGGACAGGGCAUUUCUUCAGGAAUCAACUUUAGCAAAUAUGAUUCCAUUCCAGUUGAGGUUUCGGGCGAUAGUCCUCCCAAAGCAAUAAAUACUUUUGAAGAAGCCGAUCUUAAACCACUUAUUAUGGAAAAUAUCCGAAAAUCAGGCUAUACUAGACCGACUCCUAUACAAAAAAAUGGAAUUCCAAUUAUAAAAGCGAGACGCGAUUUAAUGGCAUGUGCCCAAACGGGUUCAGGGAAAACUGCUGCUUUCCUUCUUCCAAUUAUUCACGAUCUCUUAGCAAACAAUGAAGAUUUAGAUAUAGGUAAACCUCAUGCUCUUAUCGUUUCGCCAACGAGAGAAUUAACUAUUCAGAUUUUUGAGGAAGCUCGAAAAUUUGCACGUGGUUCCUAUUUAAAAAUUUCUAUUGUAUAUGGUGGAACAGGUGUAAAACAUCAAGGUGAUAAUAUUGCUAAAGGUUGCCAUAUUUUGGUAGCUACACCUGGGAGAUUAUUGGAUUUUUGUGAUCGAGGAUUUAUAACAUUUGAAGAUUGUCGUUAUAUUGUCCUUGAUGAAGCAGAUCGAAUGUUGGAUAUGGGUUUUUUACCAUCAGUCGAGAAAAUUAUGGAGAAUCCAACAAUAAGACCACAAUCAGAACGUCAUACUUUAAUGUUUUCCGCCACAUUCCCAACAGAAAUUCAACAUUUAGCUGGUCGAUUUCUAAAUAAUUACAUAUUCUUAACAAUAGGUAUCGUUGGAGGUGCUUGCGCAGAUGUUGAGCAAAAUUUUUAUGAAGUAACUAGAUUUAGCAAACGUGCUAAAUUAACUGAUAUACUAGAUCAAAACGAAAAUAAUGCAAGAGGAACUAUGGUUUUCGUUGAAACACAAAGAAAUGCAGAUUUCUUGGCAUCUUUAUUAUCUGAAACAAAAUAUCCUACAACUUCAAUCCAUGGCGCCAGGCUGCAACGUGAACGUGAAAUGGCUUUAAGAGACUUUAAAAGUGGAAAAAUGUCCGUAUUGAUUGCUACUUCAGUAGCUGCUCGUGGUUUAGAUAUCAAAAAUGUAGAUCACGUAAUUAAUUAUGAUUUACCAAAAAGUAUUGAUGAAUAUGUACAUCGAAUUGGUCGAACAGGACGCGUGGGGAAUAAAGGAAAAGCGACUAGCUUUUUUGAUGCAGACCAUGAUGCAGCAUUAGCACCCGAUUUAGUAAAAAUAUUAGAGCAAGCCAAUCAGGAAGUACCUGACUUCUUGAAAAGUGUUGGAGGAGGUGGGGGUUCAUAUAGAUCAAAUAAUUUCGGAGGAAAAGAUGUUCGCACGAUGGAUACCCGUACUGGUAUUAAAGCUGCUGUACCAGCGCCUCAAGAGCCAGAGGAAGAUUGGUGAAACUACACUCAUUUUAAAUCGGAGACCAUGAAUUUUUUUUUUAUUUUUGGAAAAAACUUAUCAAUUCUGAGAAUUGAUUUACAUAUAAAUAUGUAUGUAUAGAAAUAUAUAUAAAUUUUUUAA